AUGGUCGUAGACAUUGAGGGGAUUAUCCGGUGCAUCAGGCACGGGGAUGUGAGCAGCGUUCAUACCCAGCUGCAGGAAUUCAACACUGAGUACGCCCAGUGUUUCUUCUUUGACGCAGAGGAGAGAGACAGGAGGAAACAAAGAAAACUGGAAGAGUUUAGGAAGAAUAAAGUAAGGGACAGCACGGAAUCUGACUCUGACUAUGAUGUGAAUGACCAGGAAGACCGAGGUCUACUCCUCAGACAGAGCUUGGCAGCAGUUCUGGUGCGGUUCAUAAGAACAGAAGUUCCAUGUCAUCUGCUGCGAGUCACUCUACGCACCCUGAGGAUCCUCUCAAGAGACAAGAGGGUCCUAGGACCUUUGGUGACCGAUGAUGCUCUCCUCACUCUUGCCAAAGCAGCAGGGCUGACCACAAACGAGACCAACGACAAUGCUGUCACCAACUCUGACUCGGAUUUCUACGACAACGUCAUCUCUUCUCUCACUGAAGAUAUCAAAAUACCGCCACGUUGCGGCGACGCAGACGAUGACUCCAACCAAGACCGCUCGACCUUUGAGGACGACGCCAGGAGUGAAGCUUGUAGUGAUCCAGACAGCAUCAGCUUGCCCGGCAGCCACCGGCCCAGCAUUGAUGCCACGCACAGAGGCAGCAUCCAUCAUAAGGAGCUGGAGCGAGGGAGGAAGGACCGCCGAGAGAGCAAAAUGGAGGAUGAUUAUGAAGAGGAUGGAUCAUCUGGGGAUGAGGUGCAGAGGAAGGAGGCUUUGAAGGUGUUGUGUAAUUUAGUGUACAACAGCACAUGGGCGCAAGAAAGGUUUAGCGCCCUCAGGCUCAUAUGCGGCCUUAGAGAGCGUCUCUCCUCCAGCAUCAGUUGCUCACCUCCCUCUAGUGUUCAGUUUUAUGAAUUACGACUCACCUUUCUCGUCACUGCGCUACGACCUGAGCUUAGCACUCAACUUCAGCAGGAAGCAGGUGUCUCCAUACUCUCAGCAGCUUUAGAAGGCUGCUUGGAAGUGCAGUGGAAGGAGCAGUAUGAGUGCACGUUGGACCCCAUGGCGCCCCCUAUUUCUCUGGAGGCCUCUCAGCGCAUCAUUGAGAUCCUCAAAAUCCUUUUCAAUGUCACGCACAGAUCCCACAGGGAGGCACCUACUGAAUCUGAUGCAGCUCUUUACCGCCACCUAGUAGCAAUCCUGCGACUGUGCAUGUUGCGAAAGUGCGAGAUUCCUGAGGACACAGAUGAACUGCAAGGCCACACAGUCAACCUCUUGUCAGCGCUGCCUCUUCAGUGUUUGGAUGUUCUCCUGAUGGUGCCACUGGAGCCUGACUCAGAGCAGUGCCAUGGUGUCAACAUGGCCUGCGUCCAUAACUUGUUGCUAUUCAUGGAGAGACGCCUGGAAUCGGGGGAUAGAGUCAAAGAGAAACUGACGCCAAUCCUCAAUUUGCUCACAGAGAGCUGUAGGGCACACAAGGAAACACGCCACUACAUCAGGGAAUAUAUUUUGCCUCCUCUGAGGGAUGUUUCCCAGAGGCCGGAGGAAGGCUGCACUGUGAAGAGUCGCCUGAUUCGACUCAUGACUCACCUGGACACGGACCUCAAACACUGCGCCGCUGACCUCAUUUUUGUUCUCUGCAAGGAAAAUGUCCGACGUUUCGUCAAGUACACGGGCUAUGGCAACGCGGCAGGGCUCUUGGCCACUAGGGGCCUUUUGGGUGGCUCAACGUCCAGAACCACCUGCAGCGAGACCCUCUACUCCAGUGAUUCGGACUCAGAUACCGAAGAAUACCGUCAGGUUAAAGACCGAGUCAACCCGGUGACGGGGCGAGUGGAAGCGGAGCUGCCGGACCCUAUGGAGGGUAUGACAGAGGAGGAGAAAGAGGAGGAGGCCAAGCGGCUUAUUCGGAUCUUCAACAAGAUGUCCAGGGAUAACAUUAUUCAGCCAAUGGGAGUGGACGCAGACGGGAAGCUGGUCCCGAUGGCAGGACUACGCGAGGACUGCCUCAUUGAAGAGUCGACAUCUGACAACGAUAUGGAUCAAGUUGACAAGAAUCAAUGA